CCUUCCCCUGAAAGAGAAUUUCCUCCUGAGCGCUCAAACUCUCAUUCCAGCUCAGAGAAACUCACAAACCAGAAACAUGGGAACGCUGUUUCUCAUCUUAUUAACCCUGGAGCGCUUUUCUGCUUUAAGUGGGUUUCUGGUGGCACACACUAAUAAAGGCUUGUGUCUGAGCACACACAGGAGUGUGGUGGUCCUGAGGAAGUGUAAUGAGACGAAUCCGUCCCAGCAGUGGGUCUGGACCAGCUCCAGGAGACUCAAUAACACGCUGAUGUCCAGAUGUCUGUGGGCCGAUCCGAGCAGCGGUGUCCCGAGCCACGCUCGCCUGGUCAAGCUCAGCGACUGCCACACUGCCCCGGCCUGGAGCUGCUACGACCACCCAGGGAGCUUCGGACUGGCAGAGACGCCCAUGUUCAUGAAGAAACAGGGCGAGCGGGUCGUUAUCCGCUUUGGGCAGAGGCAUUCAAACUGGUCCAUGAUGACGGUGGACUCUGAGGGGAGACAGGUGUCCACGUCUCUCUGCCCCGCCACAGGCCCGUCCACAGUUUCAACAAUGAGCUCCACAGGGGAAAUGACCACUCUGACAGUCCCCGUCAUUACUCAAAGCAGAGCGGUGACCCACCACAGCAACACAGUCAGAAGCAGAACCAAACGCACCGCUACCACUGGUCUAACUGAUCCGAUGACAUUCACUGCCAAAACAAACUUUCAGGAGAACGAGACUCAAACACUCGAGACAGAAUCGCCCUACGAGACGCCUGAUGCUACAGAUGUGUUCUCCACCGCUCUGAUGGUCACCAGAACUCCUCAUGCACCGCAGAACUUCACCGAGGAUAGAACUGACGUGACAGAGACCGCCUCAGAUGCUGUGGAGCAGACCCACAACCCUCUGACUUCUCAGACAGAGUUAACUAUCUCCACGUCAGAUGCUGAACCUUCGGGUUCUUCUGACUUUCAUACAGGACCGUCUGAAGCUCACAGCACUGAUGCAGAUCCUGCACUGACCGAGAGCUCAACCAGUAGUUUCCCAGUGUCAAACACAGACGGGGCAUGGACAAAUGCCACGACCAGAAGCUCAACCACGACAAAGAUCAUCAAAGAUGUUCAGACAAUGUUGCCAUUUAAAUCAAGAACAACCCGAGCCAUUACUGAAUAUCUCCCCAGUACAGAUACUAGAGCUACUCCCAAUACAGCCACCAGUUCUGCUAAAACUAGAGCGAGUGCAACAACCAGCCCCGCAGCCCUGUACACAUCUACAGCCGCCCUGGACACAGACACGUUCACAUCAACGACAUACACAACUACCGUGGCUCCAGCUUCAACUGUAGAAACCACCAGCACCAUCCCCACCACCAGCCCCAGCCCCACCACCACCACCACCAUCCCCACCACCAGCCCCAGCCCCACCACCAUCCCCACCACCAGCCCCACCACCACCACCACCACCACCAUCCCCACCACCAGCCCCACCACCAGCCCCACCACCACCACCACCACCAUCCCCACCACCAGCCCCAGCCCCACCACCACCAUCCCCACAACCAGCACCAUCCCCACCACCAGCCCCAGCCCCACCACCAUCCCCACCACCAGCCCCAGCCCCACCACCACCAUCCCCACAACCACCACCAUCCCCACAACCAGCACCAUCCCCACCACGAGCACCAUCCCCAGCACUGCUGCUUUGAGCACUGGAACCUCACCUCCACCAUCUACUGUCACUCCCACCAUGGCUUCCACAACAAAGCUUGUAACGACGGAGGCUGUCAGGUGUCUGGUGAACGUGACUGCAGCGAGUAUUCAGAUGGAUUAUUGUGUGUUGAAUUUCACAACACCUGGAAAAUCCUGCAGCUUCGUCAUGACUGAUGCUUCUCACUUCACAAGGUGUUCUGAAGACAUGAAGCGUCCCAGCCAUCACACGUGCCUGAUGAUGGGUUUGACUCCCGGCGCUACCUAUAUGUUUGGAAUCAUUUCUGAGACAGAUGCUGAACGCUUGAACAUUACAGUUCAAACCCCUCCUGCUCCCGUCACAUCACUGACUCUCCAGAGCAACGGCAGUCAGGACUCUCUUAAAGCCGCCUGGAUUCCUGCUGUCGGACACGUGGAGUCCUACCAGCUCUCUCUGUCUCCCUCCAUCUCUUCACAACGGGACCUUACUCUGCCUCCAAACACUACUCAGUGGGUUUUUAGCGGAUUGACACCUGGAAAAGCUUAUCAAGUGUUGGUGAAGACGAAGAGUGGAGAACUAACAGCUGAGACCAGGACAACAGGGAGAACAGCUCCAGGAUGGGCGGCUCAUCUCCAGCUGGAGGCCCUUAAUGAGAAGACCCUGCGCUUGUCCUGGUCUCCUCCUGCUGGCGACUGGGAUUUCUACCAUGUCCUGCUGUUCAACGGCUCGUCGGUGCUGAUGAACCGGACGGUGGACAGGAGUCUGGUGGAGUUCAGCUUCAGUAGCGGGACUCUGAUUCCAGGCCGUCUGUACAGAGCUGCUGUGAGCGUGGAGAGCGGAUAUCUGAGCUCGACCGCCGACUGCCACGGCAGACUAGCUCCCCGGUCCGUUCAGAGGCUGAGUGUCCGUCACAGCACCGAGACCUCGCUGAGCGCCGUGUGGAGCCGUCCCGUCGGCGAGUGGGACAACUACACCGUCCUGCUGAAGGAUGGAGAUGCCACUGUGGACACACGGACAUUAGCCCGUGGUGUGCAGGAAUGCAGUUUUAAUGAGCUGAUGCCUGGACACACCUAUACGAUCACCGUGAUGACCAACAGCGGAGAUCGGAGCAGUUCGGCCCACGUCACAGGAAGAACCGUCCCUGCGCAGGUCACCCAGCUGCGGGUCAGUAAUCAGGGCAGCACAGACGCUCUGCAGGUGCGCUGGGACGGGGCGGCCGGUGCGGUGGAUCUGUACCGCGUGCUCCUCAUCCACGACAGCGUGGUCAUGAAGAAUGAGAGUGUGCCGCCCAAUGUCACCUCCUACCACUUCCAGGGCUUGAGAUCCGGCGCCCUGUACAGGACAGUGCUGACCACAGUGCACAGGGGCGAUCUCUCGCGCCAGACGGUGGCUGAUGGGCGCACAGUUCCAGCCGCAGUGAGAGACGUGACGGUCAGCAACAACGGCCGCAUGGACUUCCUGAGCGUGUCCUGGAGAGCAGCUGAGGGAGACGUGGACAGUUACUCGGUCACUCUGAGAGAUCAGGAGAGAACCCUUCACACCCUCACUGUGUCCAGGUUCACUACCGAGUGUGUGUUUAAGUCUCUGGUGUCUGGACGCCUCUACAACAUCUCCAUCAGCACCCGCAGCGGAGAGUAUGAGAACCACACCGUGGUGCAGGAGCGCACGCAGCCUGCCACAGCGUUGAACCCUACAGCCACACACAUGGCUCGUGACGACCGUCUGAAGGUGUACUGGCGGCACGCGGCUGGAGACUUUGACUUCUAUCAUGUCUCCAUAAAGCACAACAACAUCUUCCAGCAGAACAAGACGGUGCCCAAGACUCAGAAUGAAUGUGUGUUCAGUGGGCUGGUGCCAGGCCGACUCUACACUGUGAUCGUCAGCACGUGGAGCGGCAAAUAUGAGUCCAGCAUCUCAACUCACGGAAGGACAUUGCCAGCAGGAGUGCAGAACCUGACGCUGGCUGACAGCGGCACAGAGGACCUGCUGGUGAUGUGGGUUUCUGCUCCCGGAGAUGUGGAUCAUUAUGAGGUUCAGCUGCUCUUUAACGACAUGAAGGUGUUUCCUCCAAUCACACUAACCAGCAGCACCAACAGAUACCUGCUUUCUUCACUCACUCCUGGAAGACUCUACAAAAUUGUGGUGUCCACCUACAGUGGGCCAAACCUCAGUGUGCAGUUUAUCAAAGGCAGAACAGUUCCUAGUAAAGUGAAGAACAUUCAUAUUAGUAAUGACGAUCAGAGCAGCAGUCUUCGAGUGAACUGGACGCCGGGACAGGGCGAUGUGGACCGCUACGCUGUGUCACUGUCGCAGACGGGCGCUCAGGCUGAGGAGAGAUCAGUCCCUAAACAUGUGAAUGAGAUCAGUUUCCAGCGUCUACUGCCGGGACAGCAGUACAUGAUAACUGUUACAUCAGUCAGCGGAUCUCUGAUCAAUAACAGCACAGCAAUGGGACGAACAGUGCCCUCCUCCGUGAGCGCUCUACAGGUGGAGAACCAGCGCAGCACGUCCAGUCUGCUGGUGUCAUGGCAGGCGGGUCGAGGGGUGUAUGACGGCUAUCGGCUGCAGCUGCUGGAUGAGCGAGGAUCUCUGGUGUCUAACAGCUCUCAGACUGCAGAAGCCAGCCAGCAUUACUUCAGACAGCUCACUCCAGGAAAAAAAUAUCGCAUUGUGAUGCAAACCAUCAGCGGAGGAAUCAGCAGCAAAGCUGUCAUUGCUGAGGGCAGAACCUGUCCAGCGACUGUUAAUAACCUGUCCGUCGUAAGCAACACAACCACAAGCCUGUCGUUCCGCUGGGCUCUGCCAGACGGGGAGUUUGAUGGAUUCGAUGUUUUUCUGUAUACUGGAGACGAAAGCUCGCAUAUUCAGAAAACAGGAAUGGUGAACAUGCAGGACUGUUCUUUCCAAAACCUUCAACCUGGGACUCAGUACAAGGUGGUCGUUCUGACCCGCAGUGGGGAUCAGACCAAUGACACGUCCAUCUGGGCCCGGACAGUUCCUGCAGCUGUGGCGUUCUUGCGUGCCGACAGCAGAAGAAGCUCCGAGAGUCUGUGGUUGAGCUGGGAACAGGCCGUGGGUGAAGUGAGCAGCUACACCCUCCUGAUCUACAACCCUGAUGGCACUCAGCAAGCAGAGCAGAGGUUGGGCCCGGAGAGCACAAGCUACACGUUUCAGAGGCUGGUGGCUGGACGACUGUACCAGGCUGUCGUCCUUACACACAGUGGAGAUCUCACCAACAUGGCAACUACUACCGGCAGGACGGACCCUAGGCCACCUGUCUCGUUCUCCUUUGGAGAAAUCACAAACACCUCACUGGAGAUCAUCUGGAGCAGUCCGGAAAACACUGAUUAUGAUGACUUUGACCUUCAGUGGAGCCCUGGGGACCAUCUGUCUGUGUUCAACCCCUACCACAGCCCCACAUCUGGAAACCGUAUUCUGAAAGGCAUGUACCCUGGCCGCCAGUACAACAUCAGCCUGCGUACGGUCAGCGGCGCCAGAACCAACAACCCUACCUACAGCUUUCCGAUCUACAGGAGCAUCAGGACAAAGCCGGAGCGUGUUCAGAGCCUGCACUGCCGUCCUCAGAACUCCACAGCCAUCUCCUGUUCCUGGAGUCCCCCAGAAGCUGACUUUGACUCGUACACCAUCGAGUGCUCGAGAAAGGACUCUCAGAGAAUGGUGUACUCGCAGCGCACAGUCAAAGAGAAAACUGUCUAUCUGAUCAAAGAUCUGGAGCCUCAUAAGCACUACACCGUCUCUGUCAAAGUCAUCUCUGACAGCAUGACCAGUGAGGCAGUCAUGGAGAAUGUGGUCACAAUGAUAGACCGUCCACCUCUGCCCUCGACCCGUGUCGAUGAGAAUACAGUACAGCUUACCAAGUCAACCAUAUUCUUCCAGUUCAACUGCAGCUGGUUCAGUGAUAUCAACGGUGCUGUGAAAUUCUUCUCCGUCAUCGUAACUGAAUCUGAUGACAGUGAAAACCAGCAGCCAUACCAGCAUCAUCCUCUUCCCUCAUACCUGGACUACAGAUCCAACAGCUCUGUCAAAGCUUAUCAGACCAGCUACUUCCCCAGCCACUGCGACGAGAGCCAGAGCACGAUACAGGAGUUUGAGAUCCACCUGGGGUCAGGCAUGGAGAGUCUGGGUGGACGAUGUGAUCAGAUACCAUCAGCUGACGCGUCUCAACGCCAGGCGAUCUUCUGUGAUGGGCCACUGAAGCCCAAGACAGCAUACAGACUCAGUGUUCGAGCAUUUACGAAACUUUUCGAUGAGGAUCACAAGGAGUUUCUCUCUCCGCUCUAUACAGAUACAUACCUGUCCAAGCCCCUCGUGACAGACGCAGAGCCAUUGAGUGGGGUCAUCGAAGGGGUCAGCGCUGGACUCUUCCUCAUCGCCACCAUGGUGGGAUUAAUUGUUCUGCUGAUCUGCAGACAGAAAGUCCACAAAAUGAGUGCACAAGAGCCUGUGGUCAGAAUGAGUUUGAGAAGAGAAAGACAACCCUCGGGAAGUCACGUCAUUGUUAGAGGGAACCGUCGUGUCUCAAGUCCCAUCAGCAUCACAAAUUUUGAGCUACAUUUAGCUAAACUUCGAGCAGACUCCAACUACCUCCUUUCUGAGGAAUAUGAGGACCUGAAGGAUGUUGGUCGUAACCAACCUCAAGACGCAGCGUUAUUGUCUGAAAACAGAGGCAAAAAUCGCUACAACAAUAUACUGCCUUAUGAUUCUACACGGGUGAAGCUGUCCUAUGUUGAUGAUGACUCCUGCUCAGAUUAUAUUAAUGCCAGCUAUAUUCCUGGCAAUAACUUCAGACGGGAGUAUAUAGCGACUCAGGGUCCUUUACCUGGCACUAAAGACGAUUUCUGGAAGAUGGUCUGGGAGCAGAAUGUGCACAACAUAGUUAUGGUGACACAAUGUGUUGAGAAAGGAAGGGUGAAGUGUGACCAUUACUGGCCAUUCGAUCAGGAGCCGCUGUACUAUGGGGAUCUGGUCGUCCAGAUGCAGUCCGAGUCUGUGCUGCCCGAGUGGACCAUCCGAGAAUUCAAGAUCUGCAACGAGGAGCAGCUGAGCUAUUCCAGAGUGGUGCGUCAGUUUCACUACACCGUGUGGCCGGAUCACGGCGUUCCAGAGAUCACGCAGUCGCUCAUUCAGUUCGUGCGAACUGUGAGAGAUUAUAUCAACCGGACGCCCUUCUCUGGAGCCACUGUAGUGCACUGCAGUGCUGGAGUGGGCCGCACCGGAACCUUUAUCGCUCUUGACAGAGUGCUUCAGCAGCUGGACACUAGAGACACGGUGGACAUCUACAGUGCUGUGUUCGAUCUGAGACUUCAUCGCACACACAUGGUGCAGACGGAGUGCCAGUACUCGUACCUCUAUCAAUGUGUGCGAGACGUGCUCCGGGCAAGAAAACUGCGCAGUGAACAGGAAAACCUCUUGUAUCCCAUCUAUGAAAAUGUGCAUCCAGAUUACCACAGAGAUGUGGUCUACUCUAAACGCUGAUGUUCAGGUGGAUAAAAAUGAGACCAAACACUUUAAUGUAAAAAUUUAUUUGAAAAUGAAUUUAAGGUAAUAUGCUAUGUGUAUGCCUAGAUGUAACAGAAUUAUAUCAUGUACAUAUAUUAUUCAGUAUUAAUUCAGAGUUUAUGUUAAUUUUUGCAUAAUAUAAUGUGUAUCACUAAUUAAAUGUUGUAGCUUAUUUUAUAUUAAUUAAAAUAUUA